GAUUACAUCAAUAAAUAUGUGGGAUUGGAGAUGAUAGUUCUUCGAAUGCGCACUUCUUUGAGAAUCUCGCAUUUCAACACCUAGAAUAACUAGACUAUAGGUCGAUGAUUACAAGUGGAUUUCGCAAUUUAAGCAAGGAUGGAAUUAAUCAAGGAACCAGAUCAAGUCAACCGAAUACUUCUAUAGCCAUGUGCCUGCAACAUCAAGACAAGUGUGGCCAUACAUCAUGCAGAGAAAUAUCAACCUGAGAUAAGUGCAGAACAAUAUUUAAUUUGCUUGUUUGACUUAUGAUCAAUAUAAUAUUAGAAAUCGAUCUUCCAGGGAAGGGUUCAUAUGGGAGAAAUCAAGCACAGCCAAGAAUGCCUGAGCUGGGGUGACAUAGAUUGAAGUGCCUUUUAGCCUAUCCGCCAGAACAGUUGACCCCAAUACAGCUUGAUAUGAUGUCUGCAACUAACCAUAUUAAGAAGUAGAAAGAAAGAAAGGUUAAUUUCAAGACUCCUGAAGCAGAGAUGGGUGUUGAUGUUUUGUCUUGGAGACUUAUCCUCUGUUCUCUUCUUGUUUUACUGUUUGCUAAAGACUGUAGUGCAAGAAAGAUGACUCACACAAGAUGGAGAGAAGUGCCGGGUGAUGAUUCGAACGGUCUGCAACACAAUCGAGAACCUGAUUUGCAACAGCUUUCAAAGGAUGAUCAUCUUCUCACCAGGCACAGUAGGGAUGGUGAUCAUCGAAACCAUGAACAUGCCCAUCUAUCAUCACAUAUGAAUCACAUGGACCCUUCAGACAAGAUUUUCUUCACCCUAAAAGAUCUGCAAGUUGGAAAAACGCUUCCAAUUUACUUCUACUAUAGGGACCCUUCAACUUCUCCUCGUCUGAUAUCUAGAGAAGAAGCCAAUUCAAUUCCUUUCUCUUUAGCAAAAUUACCUUAUCUUCUUGAUUUUUUCUCUUUGUCCAAAGAAUCUCCUCAAGCUAAAGCCAUGGAAUAUACACUAACACAAUGUGAACUUGAACUCAUGGAAGGGGAGACCAAGUUCUGUGCUACUUCAUUGGAAUCCAUGCUUGAUUUUGCACAGGCCACUUUUGGAUCGGAAACCCAAGUAAAAGCCUUAACUACCAAUCAACUUAGAAAGCCUGUUGCACCUAUACAAAACUACACCAUUAUGGAGGAGCCUAGAGAGAUCUUGGUACCUAAAGUGAUAGGAUGUCAUACCAUGCCUUACCCUUACGUAGUUUAUUAUUGCCAUAGCCAAGAAGGUGGGAACAGGUUAUUUGAGAUUUCACUUGUGGGUGAGAAUGGAGAUAGAGUCCAAGCUAUUGGUGUUUGCCACAUGGACACCUCUCAAUGGGACCCUGAAAACCCAUCAUUUCGUGUGCUGAAAAUAAAGCCUGGAACUGCCCCUGUAUGCCAUAUUUUCCCAGCAGAUAACAUAGUCUGGGUGCCUUUGCUUUCAUAAAUGCAGUAGUAAUAUUUGUGGUUGUGAUUGUAAAACAUGUCCUGAGACGUGAUGCCAUGUGUUUGUCUGUAAAAUUGUGCUUGUCGAUAUAGUCAUGGACUGAUGUAUACCAAUGUUCCCUCUUACAAGACUAAUAAAGAAUAUUGGUGAAUCUGUA